AUGGUCAGCUCCUGUUGUGGCUCUGUCUGCUCUGAGGAGGGCUGUGGCCAAGGCUGCUGCCAGCCUAGCUGCUGCCAGACCACCUGCUGUAGGACCACCUGCUGCCGCCCCAGCUGCUGUGUGUCCAGCUGCUGCAGGCCCAGCUGCUGUGUGUCCAGCUGCUGCAGACCCCAGUGCUGCCAGUCUGUGUGCUGCCAGCCCACCUGCUGCCGCCCUAGCUGCUGUCGCCCUAGCUGCUGCAUUUCUAGCUGCUGCAGGCCUUCUUGCUGCCGCCCUAGCUGCUGUGUAGCCAGCUGCUGUCGCCCCAGCUGCUGCAUUUCCAGCUGCUGCAGGCCUUCCUGCUGUCGCCCCAGCUGCUGCAUUUCCAGCUGCUGCAGGCCUUCCUGUUGCCGCCCCAGCUGCUGCAUUUCCAGCUGCUGCAGGCCUUCCUGCUGCCGCCCCAGCUGCUGCAGACCUAGCUGUUGCAUUUCUAGCUGCUGCCGCCCCAGCUGCUGUGUAUCCAGCUGCUGCAGACCCCAGUGCUGCAUCUCCAGCUGCUGCCGCCCCAUCUGUUGCCAGACCACCUGCUGCAGGACCACCUGCUGCCGCCCAGCAUGCUCUAGUGGUUCUUGCUGCUGAGCACCAUCAUCCAGUCUCCUGUUCUU